CCUGUUUCCUCCCCUCCCUUUGCACAGAGACGGAGAGGCUGGUCUGUAGGCUCCUCCUUUCCCUCCUAUGGAAGCGAGUCAAGUUUCCUCUUCGGGUGCAUAGUGGGAGUUUAUUUAUUUUUUGCUUCACUCUGCCAGGCAAGGAAGGUGCCAGCUGCAUCUCCCACAUCUCCUGCUUGGGGGGAAAAAAAAACAAGCUUGGGUCCUCGAAGCAACCACUGCAUCUCUCCUUGGGGUGCAGCACUGGAGAGCCAAGCCAUGCAUCUCAACACAACUUCUUCCUUCUACCCGCUGAGUUACCUUAUGAGUGAGUUUCACCUGCCCUCCGCUAACUCUGUCCUGCCUGAGGCGGAGAACCACUCCAACUGUUCAGGACCUGGGUCCAUCCCGCACAACGAGGAAGAUCUGGAUGUGAACACGGACAUCUACUCCAAGGUUAUGGUGACCGUCAUCUACCUGGUACUCUUCCUGCUGGGGACGGUGGGCAACUCCAUCACGGCUUACACCCUAGUGAGGAAGAAGUCCCUGCAGAAUCUCCAAAGCACCGUCCACUAUCAUCUGGCCAGCUUGGCCUUCUCCGACCUGCUCAUCUUCCUCCUCUGCAUGCCCAUCGAACUCUACAACUUCAUCUGGGUCCAUCACCCCUGGGCUUUCGGCAACGAUGUCUGCAAGGGAUACUACUUCCUGAGGGAUGCUUGCACCUACGCGACCUCUCUCAACAUCGCCAGCCUGAGCGUCGAGAGGUACAUGGCCAUCUGUCACCCGUUCAAAGCCAAGAGCAUCAUGUCCAGGAGCCGGACCAAAAAAUUCAUCAGUUGCAUCUGGGUCGCCUCCUUCCUGCUCGCCAUCCCCAUGAUCUUAAUCAUGGGCGAGAUCUACCGGGUACCCCAAGAUCCCGACUCGCUGGUCUGCACCCAGAUUGUGGAUGACUCCGUGCUGAAGGUGGCCAUCCAGGUCAACGUCUUCAUCUCCUUCGUUUUCCCAAUGGCGGUUAUCUCCGUCCUCAACACCAUCAUAGCCAACCAACUUAUCAUCAUGUUCAAGCAAGCGGCUCAAGAACACCAAGUGUGCACAAUUGGAGGACAGCAGACCAUGCUGAGCAUGUCCAUGGAACCUGGCCGUGUUCAAACCUUGAAGCAUGGAGUUCGUGUUCUAC